AUGAUUAACAUCAAUCAUCCAAAGAUUUGCGGAAAACCACCUGUAAAUAAAUCUUUUGUAACAAAAGAGUUAAAACAAAAAGAAAUUACGGAUAAUAGCAAGGAAAAAGAGAUUGAUCAUGAUUCUAUUAUUAAGGAAAAUACAAAGAAAAUUGAUUGUAAUGAAAAUAUCGUCGAAUCGACUAUGUGCUCAUUCGAACAAAUUUGUAAUAUAAUUAGUGAUCUCGAAAAAGAUAUUAACGCAAAAAUUCCAGAAAUAGAUCAAUUACAGCUAAAACCAGAAAAAGACGUAUCUCAUGGGAAACAUGAAACGAGUGGUACUACUUACGACGAUAUAAUGACCUUCUUGACAAAACUCGAAGAUGGUACAUUGGACGAGACAAAGAUCAACAUCCCAGAGAUAGAUGCUGUUAUGUUUGAAGACAUGUUUGGCAACUCGCAAUCUUUGCCCUGCAUCAAUUUCGAUGACAUCGGGCCCACUAAUAUCGAGAUCAACAACACUCAUGCAUUCAAAGAAGAUUUAAUCACAGCCCAGUUGCAACUUGAGGAAAAAGAGGCCACUAUAUCGCUCUUGAAGGAACAAUUGAAGACCGAAAGAAAAUUGGCAUGUGAGAAAUUGGAAAGUCAGAAAAAGAGCAAUAACUCCAAAUUGCAACAACAAGAGGAGAAAUACAGAGGGAUAGUGAAGAGACAUCAGAAGUUCAUCGAGCAGUUGAUUCAGGAGAAAACCGAUCUGACAGAGAAAUGCAAUUCAUUGAUGCAGAAGGUGAAAGAGAUAGAGAUAAAAAUGCAAAGAGAUUUAAAAGCUGCAGCUGAUAGGCACGUGGUGGAGUUACAAAGAGCGAAGGAUCACUUGGCUGCUGCUGAGAAGAUAAAAAGAGAGCGAUGGAUAGAGGCCAGGACGACAAAGAUCAAGGAAAUGACGGUAAAGGGUCUGGAACCUGAACUACGUAAUAUGAUGGAACAACACGCGGAAGAGAUUCAAAAGUUGAGGAAUUUACACAUGAAGGAAUUGCAAGACACUGAAUUGCGCAUUAUACGUCGAUCUAAUCAACAAUUGGAGCAACUGCGUCUUGAGUUGACGGCCAGUCACGAGAGAAUGUUGGCCAACGAGAAGAAUAUUUUGUGGACCAGGUACCAGGAGAAACUGGAGGAACAAGAAAAUCAAUUUAAAAUUCAACAAGCGAAACUUGUGGAAGAAUUGCAAUACGAUAGAGAUAAGUUUGCCAAGGAACAGACGAAAAGAGACACUGAAAUGGAAGCUAAUUUGCAGAAGAUACAUAUGCAAUAUAAGCAAGAAAUAGAUAUUCUGAAGCAACAGCAUUUGAAUGAGAAAAAGUCACUUCAAGAGUCAUUGAAAGCUGAGUGGCAAACUUGUUUAACCGAGUAUAAGAGACAACAAAAUUUAAGAAUUGAACAAAUUGAGAAUAAGAUAAAAGAAGAGUGUAAUAAAGAGAGGGAUCGGCAAAUUGAGCUUGCCAUAGAACGCUUAGAAAAAGAUUCUCGAGAUGAAAGAUUGACUCUUCAACGAAAUUUUGAUUGCAAACUUAAAUCCCUAACAGAGAAAUAUGAAAUGGACUUGCAAAAUGCAAUUGAUAAUGAACAGCUUCAUAAAGGUAAGUUAAUUCAAACGAAGGAUAAGCUUGAAAAAACACAAAUUCAAUUGCAAGAAGCAGAGAACAAAUUGCAAGAAUGUGUAACCGAGUUGAAUACUGCAAAUGAGAUAAUUAAACGAUUAAAUAUAGAACGAAAUAACGCAAAAAAAAUUGUGAGGCAAGAAAUUGAAGGAGAAAAAAGAGAAUUGGAAGAAAAAAUUGCGUCGCUUUAUCAGGAAAUAACUCGUAUAAAUGCAAACAGAGAUGCCUCGAUGGCUCAAUUACACAGCAGAAUUAAGUUGAUAAUGACACAAAAAGUUUUAACGAUCAAAAAUCUGAUUAAAGAACUUAACGACACAAAAUUAAAAUGCGAACACUUGGAAAAGUUAUUGGACCAACAACGAAGGGAUUAUAUUUUAAAAAGUUUAUAAACGAUUUGUUGCUUAUUCAGUUGUAUAUGUUAUUUGUUGUAUAACAGAUAUUUUAUAUAAAAUAAAUAAAAUGAUUUGAAAUGA